AUUUCUCGAGGAAAAUGCAGGAAUCACAAGCCAUAAAAAAUGGUCGAACGUAUUUGGAAAAUAGACGACGAAUUAUGUUAGGAAUUAGUCCAGGAAACCCGUUUUUCUAUAAAAUUGAAAAUUUGGUGAGAAUGCUGGAAUUUGCGAGAGAUAAUUCAAAUGACAAGAUCAUGCUCAUUCUGGUGGAUAAAAUAAAUGAGCAUAACUGCAGAGCUAUUGGCAGCAAAAAUCCGGAAAAAUCUGCCAGAGUGAAAGCAAAACGUCUUCGAAAUAAAUGUGAAGAAGCAAUCCGCUCAUGUGAAAUGCAGGAUGAUUCAGUCGAAUACAUCAACUGGGUUCGUGAUGUCGAGAGUUCAAGCCACUACGUUGAUGCGUUAAAAUACGUGAAGCAUUUGUAUGAAGUUAAUGAUCAAUUUCAAAAAGAUGUCAAGGAAUCUACACAACUUGCUCUGGUCUCUAUGAAACAUGGUCGUGAAAGAAGCAUGCCAGAAGGCAGUGAUGCUGCGAUUGAUUUAGAUGAAGGAGUUAAAUACCUGUUAAAGGAGUUAGCGUUUCUAUCAGUCAUUUGUUAUAUCUACGAGGGGUGUGAAGAGUUUGUAGUCGUCUAUCAUCGACCAUGGCCUGUGUUAGAAAGGUAUUUUGAUGGUGGAUAUGAUAACAUCUGUAGACCAAGUUUAGGAUUUUAUGUUUUUCAAUAGGGCAACGUUUGUUAGAUAGAUUAUAAGCUGUGUUACUAUGGCAGUAUGCAGUAUGGGUUUAAUAUAUACCAACAUGCUUCUGGUAUGUUUCGUAUUGUUAUUUAUAGGUU